AUGGGCCAGGAAGUGCCAACGAGAAGGAAAAGAAUAUUGAGAUUGGUCGAAGUGGCCACUAAUAAAUGUGUGCAGAAUGUUAAUAAGUUACAGGACGUAGGUGGCACCCCAUUUCAUUUACUCCGACCAGUACUUAUGAAGAUGAGUGCUAAACAGCUAAAUCAAAUUGAGCUUCAAAGUCCUCAAAUUAUGCCUUUCUCGGAUGAACUAUGGCCUGCUCUAAUCGAAAGGGAAUUUCCUGAUCGUCCACCAAUAUCCAAGGGCAAGAUGCGCCAAUCUCAAGAAAUGCCCAAUAAGACACUAUUUUACCGGUAUGAUAAAGAGAGAGAGCUUUUGAGGAAUGAUUCUGCCCAAAGGUUACGUAAAAUGACUGAAAAGCUCAAAAAGGAGAAGUCCGCAAAUUCAAUUGUAUCUGUUUCCCAUGUCUUAAGAGAUCCCACUGUGAAGAGAAGACGAAAUUAUUCAGAUGGAUAUACGAGAUCAACGCCCAGUGCGAAGAAGAAUUCAAUUUUACUGAAGGCCCGAAAGGAUUUACAGAAUAGGUCUCUAAUGUUUCCAGGAUAUUCUCAAAAAGUCAAAAGUCAUGAUCCAUAUGAUGCAUUUAAUCACAUUGAGAUUCUACCUCCCAGAGCUGCAUCAGGGCAAACAAGAAAUAAGCCGUCAUCAUUUAACGCCCAACAGAAACGCCGACCUGUAUCGACUUCCAUACAGCCAAGUUCGCAGUCUAAGAGAGAGAAAAGAGAGAUUCCAAGCUCUACAAAUUCUGAUCAUUCUUCAAACGAAAAGGUUUUGCUGCAAUCAUUUAACUCAGUAGCUUCUUCUUCACCAAAAAAGCGAAAGCCUGAACCAUCUAUCUUCUUAAAAGGAAAGAGACCAAGGGGGCCACGAUUAGAACCUAAAAUAAUCAACAAUUCACAUAACUUGCAAACUGUCUCUACUAAUGACAGAAGUAGUAUUCCAGUCAAGGUCAAGAAAUCUUAA